AGGAUCAUUCUGCGGGCUCCGGCCCGGGUCCCAGGGAGCAGCGCCAAGUCUACUACUCCAGCUCGGCCGCUAUUCACUGCUGGCUCGGGGAGCCCUGUGGGUUUCCAAGAAUCUUUCCCUCUUAGAGAAUGCGUUCCUCGUUUCAGCUGCCGCCACGCGGCAAGUAGGGGAAUGUGUCCAUGAAUUCCUGACCUUGCUUGAGAGGAAGUAUAACGAUAGAGGUUUUCUGUUCUCACAUCCAUUUACUCGUUUGAUCCUCAAAACAGCCUUGCGAGUUAGGGCUGCUGACUUAAUAAGAAACGGAUGUGCUGUGCAUUGAAAUUAUUAAAAGCCCAGUUCUCCCACACUCUUGACGAAAGCAAGAAAACAUGGAGCCAGUUCAAGAAAACAUGAACCCAUCACCAGUCUUUAUGCGAAGACUUCCGAUUACGCCAGGAUAUGGAGGUUACAUUCCUCUCCGGAUCAGCAGAAUGGGUGCUUCGCACAAGAGGGACACCAAUUUCUGUGUCAGAAAAUUCAGAGACACAACUCAGAGAUACAAAAAUCAGAUGGAUGCACUGAGAUACCAAGCAGCCACUGCCGACAAACUACAAGGAGUCUGUUCCAAGGAAACGGUUUUAAGGAUGAUACAUGAUUAUUACCUCCGCAAUCACCCAACUUAUAUAGAAGCUGAUCAUAAGAAGAAGCCUUUACAGGAGCCCCCCAUUCCUGGCUGGGCAGGCUAUGUGCCGAGAGCCAGGGUUACAGAACUUGGCUGUGCUGUGCGUCAUCAUGUGAUGGCAAAACAGAGCUAUGAAGAUUUCCUAAAUAUGACGGAAAUGCACAAGAAAGGUCCAUUCAAACGAUAUCAGAGCCUGAUGGAAGAUAAGCUAUUUAGAACCAUCCCUGUACCUCCUGAGUUUUGCCCAGGAUUUAAACCAAAAUGUGAAUGUGAAUAUUCCUCUACAAGACCCAGUGGAGGUGGCUAUGGAACCUCUUCACUCUCUGACUUUCCGACACAAUAUCGGGGACCCUGCGCACGGAGGAAAUACCUUGAACCACUAACCUGCACAGGCUAUGCAGGGGGAUAGGACACAUGGAACUCUUAUCGUGCUCUUGACUUAAGCAGCUUCAGCCCAUUGAAACACACACAUGUGCUUAAAAGUCCUGUCUAUUUGAAAUCUGGCUUCCUGAAUUUUACACCACUCUUAAAUAUUUAGGACACAGCCUCAAUUGUCCACCAGCUAUUCCACAAGAAUCCGUGCACCUGCUGACUGCACAAGUCAUUGGCCAUAAGUAUUCCAUGGGGACGCUAUGAUGAGCGACCGUUAUAUAGAUUAACUCUGAUCUUUUAUUGUGUUGGAAAUAAAAAUGCCACUUCUCUGUGU